AUGGCCGAUCAGAUCACUCAGCCCUCGAGUCUAUCUGCAGAAGACGUGCACGCUAUGCUGCUCGCGAACGAGGAUAUACUCGUUGUCGACGUCCGUAGGACCGACUUUGAGGGUAUUUGCAUCAAGGGCGCUGUCAAUCUGCCAGCGCAAUCGUUUCUGGCCACACUUCCCGCACUGUUGCCAAUCUUGUCGCUUCACAAAGUCGUCCUGUUUCAUUGCGGCAGCAGUCGCGGAAGAGGGCCACGAGUGGCAGGCUGGUACCAAGACGCUCUGAAUGAGCACAAUAUUACUGUCAGUCGAGCAGCUGUACUCAUUGGCGGGAUCAACGCGUGGCAAGAACGAUAUGCCGGCGAUCGUCUCACGCUACGUUUGCCGGAGCCCGCAGAGCAGCCAGCUAGCGUCAAAGAGGCCAUAUCUAUUGACACACCACAGCCUUCCGCGACCAAUAACGCCUGA